AGCUGACCCGGCCGCUCUCCCUUAGCUUGCUGCUGCCCGGGCGUGCAGGGCCCGGCUGCCGCCAUGUCGGGGCCGUUUGAGCUCUCGGUGCAGGAUCUCAACGACCUGCUGUCGGACGGCAGCGGCUGCUACAGCCUCCCGAGCCAGCCCUGCAACGAGGUCACCCCCAGGAUCUACGUGGGCAACGCGUCUGUGGCUCAAGACAUCCCCAAGCUGCAGAAACUGGGCAUCACCCAUGUCCUGAAUGCGGCCGAGGGCAGGUCCUUCAUGCACGUCAAUACCAGUGCCAACUUCUACAAGGACUCUGGCAUCACCUACCUGGGCAUCAAGGCCAACGACACACAGGAGUUCAACCUCAGCGCCUACUUUGAAAGGGCGGCAGACUUCAUCGACCAGGCCCUGGCUCAGAAGAACGGCCGAGUGCUCGUCCACUGCCGUGAGGGUUACAGCCGCUCCCCGACUCUCGUCAUCGCGUAUCUCAUGAUGCGUCAGAAGAUGGAUGUCAAGUCUGCCCUGAGCAUCGUCAGGCAGAACCGUGAGAUCGGCCCCAACGAUGGUUUCCUGGCCCAGCUCUGCCAGCUCAAUGAUAGACUAGUCAAGGAGGGGAAAUUGAAACUCUAGGGCGCCCUCACUGCCUCUUCUCUAGAGGUCGGAUGGAGGGAGGCGCCCUGGUUGUGGUGUCCCAAGCUGCCAUGUUUAGGAAACACAGUGUACCCUGCUCCCAGCAUCACCAGGCACUUGCCCACAAGUCUGUCCCAACACAGCCCUGGGCCACUUUCCCCCUGGGGAGCAUAUAAAGAAGCUUGCUGAGGAGGGCAUUCCUGCUCCCUGGUGCCUACAAUUUAUGAUGUCCUCACCCUGAGGAGGGGGCGCAGAGGGGGCGCAGGCCUGUGACGGGCGUGCUUCUCCUGGAUGGCCCAGGGCAAGGGAUGUGUGGAGGUGUAAGGCCUGAGAUGCUCACAGGGACCCCUCCCCGCCUCCCCACCCUUCACCCCUGGGCCCUCUCCUGAGUGGGGACCCCAGCCCUGUAAAGGAACUAUGCAAACGCGGGCCCCUCUUCCCCCACCGUGUCUGUCUCCCCUGUCCCCUCACAGCUGUCCACACCCUGCUCGUAGGCAGAGGCACGUCGUGAGGUCUGAAGUUGGCUCAGGGUCAGUUGUCCGUGGGUGGAAAUUCCCAUGAAGAGACUGCAUUUUAAUGAUUUCCUUAGGAUUAAAGAUACCGAAACAAAGAAGCCUUUGAGUGGGCAAAUACAUGUCCCUGGAGGGCUCUCCUAAAUUAAUUGUUUAAAAAAUGUGACUUCUUGGAAGGCUUGAGUUCAGAAUCCACCUCUUCUGGGUACCCGGCUCUCAGAGGUCACUUGGUCGGUUAGAAGAGCGAUGCCUUGGGCAGGGUUUUAUUUUUCUUUUUUAGAAAACAGGGUGUUGAAGUCCAGCCUAUUUAAAAACCCCACCAUUUGGAGAAUUACAAGGGUUUUGUCCUGAAUUAUAGUGUUGGCGAGCCCAAGCCACUCGUGCUCACUGCUUUUUGUCUCGGUUACUAUUCCAAGAACAGGAGGAGGAAGUUGGCCAAUUAUAGCACGUGCGUGCACGUGCGCGCGUGUGCGUAUCUGUGUGUGUGUGUGUGUGUGUGUGUGAGAGAGAGAGAGAGCAACACAGCCAGUGGCUGGACAAGCAAGGGGUUGAACGGGCCCAGGCUCACAUCCUGCCCACUCACAGGUAGUUCUUCCAGCUCUCUGCUGCCAGAAAAGGUCCAGGAGCCUUGGCAGCAAAAAAUGACUCAACCAGGCAGAAAGGAAACAUGGCGGGACGUCCAAAUGCAGCCUUUACUGGUGGUAGAGGAAACAAAAAGAAACAGCCUCUGUAAGGACUUUUUUAGGAUGACGUCGGAACGCACAAGCACUCACACACGUGUGCGUGUGCGCACAUUUGUCAGAAUAUAGGAGUUUUGUUUUGAACACAGUCUUCUUAGCACUUGACAUGAUUGCCAUCAGGGCAACCGAUGCAGUGCUGUCAUCUUCAGGUU